AAUGAGAAACUAUUCAGGGAUAACAUUGUUUAUUCUCCGGGGACUGACAGAUGACCCACAGUUGAAGAUUCUGCUUUUGAUCUUUCUGUUUUUGUCCUACAUCCUGAGUGUAACUGGGAACUUGACCAUCAUCACUCUCACUUUAAUGGAUCAGCACCUUAAAACCCCAAUGUAUUUUUUCCUCAGGAACUUUUCUUUCUUAGAAUUAUCAUUCACAACUGCCUGUAUUCCCAGAUUCCUGUAUAACAUGUCAACUGGAGACUAUACUGUGACCUAUAAUGGAUGUUUCACUCAAUUAUUUUUUGGAAUUCUCUUUGGGGCCUCAGAGUUUUUUCUCUUGGCUGCCAUGUCUUAUGACCGCUAUGUGGCUAUCUGCAAACCCCUGCACUAUGCAGCCAUCAUAAACAACACAGUCUGUAAUCAGCUCAUCCUGAGUUGUUGGGUGUCUGGGUUGAUGAUUAUCAUUCCAAUAGUUAGUUUUGGUCUUAAACUAGAAUUCUGUGACUCCAAUAUCAUUGACCAUUUUGUCUGUGAUAUAUCACCAUUGCUGGAGAUCUCAUGCUCUGAUACACAGUUCAUAGAAAGAAUGGUUUUAGCCCUUGCUGUGUUCACACUCAUCAUCCCCUUAGUGUUAGUGGUUCUAUCUUAUGCAUAUAUCAUUAGGACUAUUCUGAGAUUCCCUUCAGCUAAGCAAAGGAAAAAAGCCUUUUCCACUUGUUCCUCCCACAUGAUUGUUGUCUCCAUGACUUAUGGAAGCUGCAUCUUCAUCUAUAUCAAACCUUCUGAAAGAGAAGGAGUGGCUUUGAAUAAAGUAGUGUUAGUACUUGCAACCUCAGUUGCACCUGUAAUGAACCCUUUUAUUUAUACCCUGAGGAAUGAACAAGUGAUUAAAGCUUUUAGAGAUGCAUUGAAAAAGAUUGUAUUGAUUUCAAAAUUAUAA